AUGCUGGAUUCCGGAAUAAACUCACGUGGAACUCUCGACGUGUCGCACACAUGCGUUAAAGGAUCCACUGAGUUUGCAAACUACCCCACCCCAAACAUCACGGCUCAGGAAAGUUUACGAAAGAACGAGGCUAUGAGAACCGGUACUCCCAGGGAACCGAGGGCCGUUACUUCUUCUCUGAAUAGUAUUCACAUCUCCCCUCGCACACCCAGAACGCCACGGGCCACAAUGGGAGAAGACGAGGAUGAGGAGACGGAAAUGUCCCUUCUUAACGAGGAAGAACGGAUUCAAUCAGCUCGUACAUUUCAUGAUGGACAUUCAACGGAUGAGGUAGAUGGAGAUCUUUCGAAGCGCCCCAUAUCCGCGAAGGACAAGCGCGGAAUGAUCUUCUUCAAGGAAUACCAACUCAAAUGGGGUGUGCCUCAUUUGACACUGAGCGGUUAUCUACGAUUCUGGAGUGUUAUAUGCUUCAUUGUUACGCUCUGGCUCAUCUUCUUCAAAAAAGAGGAUAAAGAACCUGCCACUGACAGUGAUAUGAGCAUCAAAGCAGUUUACAAAACUAUAUGGCAAAUUUGCCAAUUAAAGCAUAUUCAACUUCUCAUCGUAGUACACCUGUUUGCUAAAAUAGGCUUUGCAGCAAAUGAUGCCGCGACUGGCCUGAAAUUAGUAGAAAAGGGGUUCAGACGAGAGGAUCUUGCUCUUGUAGUCCUAAUCGACUUUCCCUUCCAGAUCAUGGGUGGUUGGCUUGCCGCAAAGUGGUCUAGAGGGGACAAACCUCUUCGUCCUUGGAUCUAUGCCUUUUGGCCCCGUCUCUUCUUCGCUCUCGUGGCAACUUUAAUUGUUUUGUGGUUCCCGAAUCCUCCGAUAUCCAUGAGCUUCUUUGUGCUGCUUGUUCUGCAUACGAUUCUAUCGUCUUUUGCUUCAACUGUACAAUUUGUUGGAAUCUCUGCUUUCCACACUCGUGUGUCGGAUCCAUUAAUAGGAGGAACGUAUAUGACGUUACUAAACACAUUCACCAAUAUGGGAGGUACCUGGCCCAAAUGGUUUGUUCUGAAAGGCAUCGAUAUCUUCAGUGUUGCUACGUGCAAGGUACCUCAAGUAGAAAUUGACGUCAAAGCUACCGAAUGUGUGUCGGAUCAUGGAAAAGCCGCUUGCAAAGGCAUUGGUGGAACUUGUGUUGAAGAGACUGAUGGAUAUUACAUGGUUUCUGCGAUUUGCUUGUUGUUCGGCGUCAUAUUUUUGGUCGCAUUCAUUAUACCAACUGCCCGCAAACUGCAAAAACUCCCUAUUUCAGUGUGGCGAGUAAAGAUGCAGUAA